AUGACAGCGCUGGAGCAGCUCGCAGAGGUCUCGAGCCAGGAGGCGCCGCUGGCGACGCGGCUGCGCCACGUAGGGUCGCCGGGCACCGAGUACGACGUCCUCGAGAGCAUCAUGGCCAUCGGCCGCGCCUACGACGAGAGCUACACGAGCAGCCCGGACGCGGUCGUCGACGUCGAGUACGACUCGGACGCUCGGCCGCUCAAGGCGCGCAGCCUUGGGAAGAAGGGCCUGCGCCGCGCCGGGCGACGCUUCGAGGCUAGCCCGAGCACAGACGAUGAGCGACCUACGACACCGGCGACCCGUGCUGGCGACGGCCUCAAAGUCGAGCUCGGCCACAAGCCUGCCCCAGCCUCGGCACAAGAAGCGCUGGCGAACCGCGUGCGCCAUUGGAAGGUCGUGGCCGGCGAGAUCAAGGACAAACUCGAGGAGCUCGUCGAGACGAAUGGAUUCAUCUUUACUGACGACCGCAUUCUGCAGCGCUGCCUCGACUUUGCGGCGUCCAUCCAGAUCUGUAGCUUCCCACCGGUAACGCCACCGCGGACCGAGGGGGCAUCCCGAUCGCUGCGCCCAAACACUGUCGCGCAGCAACACGACCACUUUACGGCGCUACGCCUCGCAUCGGCGCAGAUUGCGAGUCCCCUCGUGCGCACCCCUCCACGGGUUGCGCGGUCGUUCGCCGCAUUAUCGAAAAAACGCAAGUUGGAGCCGGAAGACGAGCCAAGCGACGACGAUGUCAAGCACGAGGACGCAGACGACGAGUUCAGCGACCCGUUCGACCCAUCACGCUGCUAUCUGUGCGGUCUCGAGCAGCACGACGCGCCACUCCUUUCGUGUUGCAAUGCCACCUGUGGCAAAGUGGUCCACCGCUUCUGCGUCGGUCUCGAGCACACGCCCAAGAAGCCAUGGCCAUGUCCGUCGUGCUCGGGGUCGCCCACGAUCGAGGUCUGCGCCGCGCUCCACUGCAAGCGCAAGAGCUCGCGUCGGUACUGCAUCGUGCACAGCUGUCGCUUCCACGGGUGCGACUUUCGUCUGCGCGGGCGCGGGUAUUGCCGUCGCCACGAUACGUCCCAGAAGCGCACCUUGGCGCUCGCCAAGUGA